GUUUUCUGAUUCUGCGCAGUAAGUGUAAACAGGAAGAAGAGAGCAAAAUUAGACCGCGUCGAUGAACGGAACGUUACGUUACAUUGACGGGUUUAUUUGAAGUCGCGAUGCUGGUGUACUGUAAGCUUAAAUGUCAUUAAUUUAUGAUGUAAGUAGACUGGACAACAGCGAUUAGAGAAAACACCGGGUAACGUUAAUGCUAAUCGGCGGUUCUGACAUCGUUGAAAGACGGGUUCAGUUCGCUUGCUAGAGAGAAAGAACAAACAGUACAGAAAGCGUUCACUGUAACUGUUAAUUGGGUGUGAAUGACUGUCGUGUUUAUUAGCAGGUAGUUGAUGCAGAUAAUCUGCACCCGACAGAAUCCCGCUCCCUGCUGGUGACUCGGUGGCCUACUGACCCACUAACAGCUAACAGCCAGUGAAUCGGGUGACGGGUUAGCGUUCCUGCGGAAGAAAAGCUUUGUCUGACGACUAGACCGAUAACGUUACUUCCAGCAGAAAUUAUUAAGUGCAAUUCGAAAUGGUUCAGAAAGACAAAAUAAUCGAGUCGCCACAGCCGGAAAAUGAACCAAAUCCAGUCCCAAGCGAAGCUGUUGCGGAAACGCAGUGUCCAGUGGACGAGCCCAUCAUCGGGGUUGAGCGAACAGGCCGCAGGAAGUUCAUCACUGGGGUUGUGGAGGGUUUCUAUGGACGGCCAUGGACCAUGGAACAAAGAAAAGAGCUUUUCAGGAGGCAGCAGAAAUGGGGUUUGAACACCUAUCUGUAUGCCCCGAAAGAUGACUACAAACACAGAAUGUUUUGGAGAGAAAUGUAUUCUGUAGAGGAAGCAGAUCAACUCACAACUUUAAUAAGUGCUGCUAAAGAGUAUGGGGUUGAGUUCAUUUAUGCCAUUUCUCCUGGUCUGGACAUUACAUUCUCAAAUCAGAAGGAAGUGUCAACACUUAAAAGGAAGUUAGACCAGGUCACUCAUUUUGGGUGCAAGUCCUUUGCCUUACUGUUUGAUGACAUUGAUCAUAACAUGUGUCCAGCUGACAAGGAGGUAUUCAGCUCCUUUGCACAUGCUCAAGUGUCUAUCACCAAUGAGAUCUUCCAGUAUUUGGGAGAACCUGAAAUAUUUUUACUAUGCCCCACAGAGUAUUGUGGAACAUUUUGUUAUCCAAACGUAUCACAAUCGCCUUACCUGCGCACAGUAGGUGAAAAGCUGCUUCCUGGUAUUGAGGUGCUGUGGACAGGUCCCAAGGUAGUUUCUAAAGACAUAACUGUUGAAUCUAUUGAAGAAGUCACAAAGAUACUGAGGAGAGCUCCUGUCAUCUGGGACAAUAUUCAUGCUAAUGACUACGAUCAGAAGAGACUUUUUUUGGGGCCUUAUAAAGGCAGGUCCACAGAACUCAUCCCUCGGCUGAAGGGAGUCCUCACCAACCCUAACUGUGAAUUUGAGUCAAAUUUUGUGGCCAUUCACACACUAGCCACGUGGUAUAAGUCUAACAUGAAUGGAGUGAGAAAAGAUGUUGUCAUGACGGACAGUGAAGACAGCACUGUGUCCAUCCAGAUAAAGUUGGAAAAUGAGGGCAGUGAUGAGGAGCUAGAAACCGACAUCCUCUACAGCCCGCAGAUCGCGCUCAAGCUGGCUCUCACUGAGUGGCUGAGCGAAUUUGGAGUGCCUCAUCAGUACAACAGUCGGCAGGUUCCUCACAGUGGAGCUAAUAGCACUUCUAUAGAUGUUCCUGUGCUCACUGCACCCAGUCUGGGCACUUCCACUAUUGUGACUACAGUCUUCCAACAGCCCAUCAUGAGUCCAGCUGUGCCCCUUAGUGAUGAACCGCAUGUGCUCGGCAAAGAAGAGGAAGUGGAGGUGGAGGUGGAGAAGAAGGAGUCUGAUGAAGAACCCAUGGAGAUGGUCGUGGAGAAACACGACGAGGUGGAAGACACUAAAAAUGUCAACCAGAUCCUCACAGAGAUUGUCAAGGCUAAAAUGACAGAAGAUCUCAAACCCAUGGACACAGACAAAGAGAGCCUGACAGAGUCCAAGUCCCCAGAGAUGUCCAUUCAAGAGGAUUCAGGCAGCGACAUUGCACCGAUGCAGACUGAUGAUCAGCUCAAUAAGGAAGUCUUUGUUCCAGGCCCCAAUGAGAAGCCACUGUUUACUACUGAGCCACUUACUCUGGAGGAUCUGACCCUGCUAGCUGAACUCUUCUACCUGCCGUACGAACACGGUCCUAAAGCAGUACAGAUGCUGAAAGAGUUUAACUGGCUGAGAGCCAAUAGCAGUUGUGUCAGUGUUAACUCCAAAGCAAAGGAUGCAGAGAAGGUAACUGAAUGGCAAUCCAGAGCAGAAAAAUUUGAGGAGAUGUGCUGCUCCGUCAUCCAGAUGUUCACCAGACUCUCCAACUCCGCCAACAGGACCAUUCUUUAUGACCUGUAUCCCUAUAUCUGGGAUAUAAAGAGUAUCAUCUCAAUGUUGAAAUCAUUUGUUCAGUGGUUAGAUGGAAGAAUCCUCAGCACAAGUUUGUACUGCUAUUGGAUGGAGAGUGCCCGAUGGUGUCGUAGUCAGUCGUCAGCACAGUUCUUAAGUGGCGACCAAGAGCCCUGGGCCUUUAGGGGCGGUCUAGCAGGAGAGUUCCAGAGACUGUUGCCAAUUGAAGGGGCAAAUGAUCUUUUCUACCAGCCACCACCACCAAUGCCAACUUCAAAAAUCUAUACCAUAAGGCCUUAUUUUCCCAAAGAUGAGUCUUCCGUCUACAAGAUCUGCAAAGAGAUGUUCACUGAAGGCUGCGACAGCAUCUCUUUCCCAGACGAGUCACCAGACCUUAUUGGAGACAGGUUAGUGGGAGGUUUCCUGACGCUCAGCCCAGACUAUGGCUUUGUGCUUGAGGAUGAGGAAGGUAUUUGUGGCUAUGCUUUGGGCACUGUGGAUGUCAAACCUUUUGUGAAGAAAUGCAAGAUAAGCUGGAUUCCAUUCAUGCAGGAGAAGUAUAUCAAGCCAGACACAGAGAAGGACUUAUCAGAAGCUGAGAAAAUGAUGCUAAGUUUCCAUGAGGAGGAGGAAGGCUUACCAGAAUCAUUCCUCAGUAACUUCCCAUCACUCAUUAAAGUGGAUAUUCAUGCAAAGGUUACUGACCCCAGUGUUGCCAAAAGCAUGAUGGGAUGUCUCCUCUCAUCACUGAAAGCUAAUGGUUCGCUUGGUGCUUUCUGUGAGGUCCGGCAUUUGGACAAAAGGAUGUUGGACUUUUAUAGCAAACUGGGUUGCUUUGAAGUGGCCAAAAUGGAGGGAUUCCCAAAAGACGUUAUUAUAAUGGGGAGGAGUUUGUGAGUCGCCAAGAAGAAAAUUCAUACAGAAUGAGCCACCAAGAAAGUGCACAAGCUUUGGCCCCAACGCACUACCUGUUCAUGUAACUAUCACGUUUUGUAAUAGCAACGGUUGCUUCAUUCACAUCAUAUGCUCAAUGCAUUUCUAGAAAUUUAGAUGCUGUUCCUUUGCUUUGCCAGUGUGUAGUGGAAGCUCAAGUGAGUGUGCACAUGUGUGGUGUUCAAGGGGAGUGAGAAAUGGAAAAAUAAUUGAAGUGAGUCUGCAAUAGUAAUUCAGGACGCACAAGUUAUUUUCAACUUUUUUUUUUUGAGGUGGACCGAUUGCUUGAGUUGGCCGAGUGCCAUUGAACCCACUAAAUCUCUUAGAUGUGGCCCAGUCACAGUUUGUGUUCAGCAUAUGUGUAUGUUUAAGUUAAUGUCUACAUUCUAGAGACCAAAUACGUCCCAUUAUUUGGUAAGAGACAUCUUCACUGUUUUUAAUAAUUCAUUUCAGUGCUUUAUAGUGUUCAAAGUAACAAUCUAGAAGGACUUCAUAACAGGUAGGGUUUGUGAUAUUGCUUUCCAGGACAUUGUAAUAAAGUCUGCCAUUUUCCAGGUUCAAACGUUGUCUGUGAUCUCUCAUGGAGAAUACAGCAGUCUAAAGCUAUCCUUUGAGGUUUGUGUUGCUGAUCAGGUAUUAUAUAAAUUGAACUUGGAGCAAGUAAAGAUGUAAACACAGUUAAACCGCAAGUCUGUUGUUUUUAAGACCGCAUGGGAUAGUUUUGUGUAAGCCUUUAGCAUGUGUACAUUUUAACCAUACAUUUUUUUUUCAUUUUGUACAAAAAUGCAUUUUGGCUCUUGCCCUCCUCUGGAAUAUAUCUGAGGGUAAUGAAAAGUACUUUCCUACACUCAUGCCUUUUGUUUAAAGUGGUAAGUGAUACAUUUCUGAGAUAAAACAGGAUUACAUUAUAAUUCUGAGAUGCUUAUGUGUUUACAAAAAAAUUAAAUAAAUAGACAAGUACAAUUUGUAAUGUAAAGCUGAAGACCAAUCUCUAAUUAGAAUGGAAACUGAAAAUAAAUGAAGGUACAGUGGAUUAUUUUUAAAAUAUCUGAGAUCUUUCUUUUUCUGUUGCCUGAGGAGAAUCACAACAUUUGCCUGUUUUUAAUGACAGUAUGCCUCUUUAAUAUAUUUAAAACCUCUACAAUUGAAGUUGGGUUUUUCUGAAGUCAACUCUUCAAUGUCAAUGGCAGGAUUAUUUACCAGAAUGUAGGUACAAUAGAAACUGUUAAUUCUGUAUUUACUCCCUUUUCUUUUUUUUUUCUUACAAAAAUUACUGACAUUAUUCUUCUGUAUUGUUGUGCUAUAUUCUGAAAAACUUAAUGAGCACAAAAGGCUCCUGCAGAUUCCCACAUGUAAUGUUAAAAUGUCUUGAGUUUAAGAAAAAUGUAAAUAGUUUUGUGCAUGUAAUGGGCCAACUGUUUUGACAAUUUUUCGACAUUUGUACGUAAAAAUAAAUAAAUAAUAAAAAGGAUUGCUAUUGUUUAUCUCUAUAUUACGGAGCCCCACACAUGACAUGCUAGAAAAAAUAAAAAUCGUGCGCGAUAAUACGUUCCCUCGAUGUACUAAAACAGGCACACGAUUACUUUUUCGUUUCCUCCAUUUACUAAUUCGUUCUCUCGAUUUAUGAAUUGUGUGCAUGAUUUAGCCUACUAUUUUUCUUGCAUGCCAUGUGAUGGGGUCUGUACUAUAUGGCUUUUUGCUUGGAUUAUUUUAUUUUGGUUGAUCACGUCCAAUGUAAAUGGCGUUUCUAUUUUUCUCUUUUUUUGAAAGGUCAUACAUUUAAAAAGAUGAAGACCUUUCUGUACUUUGAUGUAAUUAUGAUUAUGUAUUAUAGUUGUAAUUUCUGUAAGGGUUCUAUGUAACUAAGAUGGCUAUUAAAAUGUUAAAUAGAAAAAAA